GCAAUAGAAAUGACAUUAAAGUACAUUUAGCUUACCAUAACUGAUAUUUAUUGUGCUCGGCGGUACACUUUAACCAUAUUUAAAAGAUGAUAAUUAUGAAACUAUAUAGCUACAGUAUGAAGAUACUGUAAAAAAAAAAAAGAGCCCUAAUUAAGUCGGUCAACUAAAUGCGUUUAAUAUUAAUUUAAAUUAUAAUAAAUGUUCAUUUAAAUUUAAGUAACAGUCAUUUCAUUGUUAAAAUCUUUUUUAAUGGUAUGCUAAGUGUACUUCUUUCUCAGAAGGGGCACUAGAAACAGAAACAAUCACUUUAGCAACCCACAACACUGCAUCAUGGUGGUCACAUUUUGUUAUCAUUACAAUAUGUAAAGUUUAUGAUAAUCCAAUUACGAUCAUAUCAGCUCGUAAUUCAAAUGAACAACACUGUCUUACCCAAACCUUUAAAAAUGUAGAAGUUGUACUUUCUUACUUAUUUAUUUCCUUAUUUAUAACUAUGCCAUUGUCACGAGACAUGAAAGUAAGACGCAGCUAGCAUUCGCUCUGUGAACUUUUAUGAAAGCAAAGUUGAAUGAAAGGUAGUAAGAAACGCCAGAAUUCACUUCAAGGAAAAAAGAAGGCGAGGGAUGAAAAAGAGCACUAGAUGGACGGCUUGGGUUGGGGAUGGAGGAGCGCGAGGGCGAGAGAACAGCGAGUCAUUGUGCUGGUACACCAGGCACUGGGAGACACACUCAAGACACAUUAACGCAUUCACACACUGACACGAACGCGCACAUAAGCGCGUGCUUCUGCCCACCGCUGCACAGACCCGAGCUGGCAUCCCAGAGGGCAGCACUUCACUCCUGUCCUUGCCUCUGAAUCUUACAACCCAAAAGACAUUCACCAAAGCUGAGCCUCUUCAGAGGUCUGAAUCCGUAGGUCUCGCCUCCAUCACAGGUUUAUGGCCUUUUGGGUCAAGCUCUGCAUCCAGAUCGAAGGCGGAGGAUUAGCAGAUGAGUGACUGCGGAAGGAGUUAAACUCAUUGUCGUCCAUCAGGUCCUCUUCUCAGCCUGCGCUCUUCCUUUAUAACUCACUUUGGAAGUUUCGCAAUUCUCUGCGGCGUUUGAAGCGCAUCGAAGGUUUCUGCCAUCCAUCGGACGCUUCCAAGUGAUCAUUCUUGGAAAAGAUUCACCAUGGCAACUACCGGCAUGCAGCUGUUCGGCCUGGUCCUGUCCAUCAUAGGCUGGGUGGGCGGGUUCCUGGUGUGCACCCUGCCCAUGUGGAGGGUCACCGCCUUCAUCGGAAACAACAUUGUAACGGCGCAGAUCACGUGGGAGGGCCUGUGGAUGAAUUGCAUCUGGCAGAGCACGGGGGAGAUUCAGUGCAAGGUGUAUGACAGCCUGCUGGCUCUUCCUAGUGACAUGAAGGCCGCCCGGGGUUUGACGGUUCUCGCUUUGCUCAUCUGCACCCUGUCGCUCACGCUCGGUAUUCUGGGUAUAAAGUGCACCGAGUGCGUGGGCCUCCCGAGCCUCAAGGCGCGCUUGGCACGAGUGUCAGGCGUGCUUUUUGUCAUCGCGGGGUUUCUUAUCCUCGUGCCCGUCUGCUGGACGGCCCAUUCCAUCAUCAGGGAUUUCUAUGACCCCUACGUGGCGGCCCCUCACAAACGUGAGCUCGGCCCCGCGCUCUACCUGGGUUGGGGAGGUUCGGCUUUGCUCCUGAUCGGUGGAUCGCUCCUCUACGCCGGCUCCAAUCCCCCUGGGAUUCCCUCUUCUCCUACAUUUAGCAGCGGCGAGAGCAGCCCACGUCGAGCGGGAGGACCGGCCCAGGUCAAGGGUUAUGUUUAACGACCAGCAGCGACACGCCAGUCCCCGAAAGCCUUCUCUGCUAGAGUUUCCCAUUGUGAUAGAUUCAAGUUAAUGUUAAUCUAUUUUUUAUCAUUCAGAAUAUUUCUGUAGUCCGGUGGAGGCAGUGAAUAGAAAUGUGAAAUCAAGUUUCCUUGCCACCUCUAAUGUCCACUCAUAAGUCUGUCUGUCUCUGUAUUUGUCUAUUAUGUUAUUCAAUAAUAAAACCUUAAAUCCUU